AUAAGUCUUUUUUCGCCUCUCCACAUUUCCACCCACCACUACCUAACGUACAAAAAAUUAGAGAAAACUAUGAUCCUCUGAGCAGAUGACCUACAGUCCAUCAAAUGGUUAAUUUGACAGAAAUAAAACCGGUUCUGCCAGAGGAUUUUGGGAGCAAGAAUUGAUCAGCAAUGCACAUUCCAGAAUAUGCAAGAAUGUGGGUGUGGUGAGGAGCCAUUGGAAGAUGCUUUGGGUCCUGAUUUUUCAAAUGCUAACAAACUCCAAUCUGGUGGUGUGAGCCCACAGCCUGGAUGGCAGGGCCAACAGCCUGGAUGGCCAUGCCCACAGCCUGGAUGGCCGGGCCCACAGCCUGGAUGGCCGGGCCCACAGCCUGGAUGGCCGGGCCCGCAGCCUGGAUGGCCAUGCCCGCAGCCCGGACCGGGAGGCCAAAUGCCUCCUGCUUCUGGUUCACCUGGAGCCCCUAAUCAACCUGCACAAGGAAAUGGCACAUUGCCAGUACCUUAUGACCUUCCUAUCCCAGGAGAUUGGCAGCCAGGGAGAAUUGUCAAGGUAGUUGGAACUAUCAAAAUGAAUGCUGAAAAAUUUGUCAUCAACGUGUGCUCUGGCCAGGAUAUUGUGUUUCAUUUCAGUGCUCGUUUUAGGGAGGCUGGCUUUAAUCAAGUAAUGGUUCGUAAUUCCAGAAUCAAUAAUGAUUGGGGUACAGAAGAAAGGGAUACACCAAGAUUUCCAUUUAAAUAUGGAGAACGAUUUGAAGUUCUGAUUCUUGGUGAACCAAACCAAUAUAAGUUCGCUGCAAACAAUCAACAUUUGUUCGAGUUCAAACAUCGUUACAAAACUUUGCAAGAUGUUACGAAGGUUUCUGUCUACGGUGAAUUUGAUCUACAUGCAAUAUCAAUGACAUAAACACCAAAAAAAUUAUUUGUAUUAUCUCCAGCAUUUACUGAAUAUACGUACAUAUAUAUUUUUCUGUUCAUUAUUUUCUAUCCAAACUAAUGGUUGAUUUGGAUUGAUUAAAAAGCUGUAACAUAAUUGAGUAUUCCUACAGAUUCCCAAACUUAGAAUGAAUACUUUUAUUAAUUGCAUUUACUUUACAAUUCUGCUAUCAUUGAAUCUGUCUGAGAAAACCAGAGAGUUAUUAUAACAGGCCAUUCAGACCAUUGAGUCUAUGGGAGUAUUUACCCCAAAUAAAAUGGCUUACUUUUCCCACUUCUUGCUUGUUUCAUUACUCUUUAAUACUCCCCCUUCUCAGACAAUAUCUCAUUGCUUUUGAAAUGACUCAAAGUUUUCUUCAUGAUUGAGGAAGUCACAUUUCACACAGUACUUUUUUUUCCAAUCCCUAAUUUUCUUGUGUUUGUAUUUGAUCCUGUCUGCUCAAGUAAUUCAACAGAGAUUUAAAAAAAACUGUACGUGCUGGAAUCCAAAAUAGACAGGCAAGCGGCUGGAAGAACACAU